AUGGAUAAAUUAAAAACAAAUUUAAUUAACGCAUCUUCAAAAAUUUUUAAAUUGUAUAAAGGAAGAUCAUCCAAAUAUCCACAAUUAGAAAAUACAGAUUUUCAAAAUUUACCUAAUAUUCAAAAAUUUAAAUUUUCAAGUAAAUAG